AUGUCGAGCGCGGCCAAGAAGGAGGCCAUUCUGCGUCAGUUCCGCCAACUCACCAACGCAACACCCCAGGACGCGCAUCGCAUCCUCAAAGCCCACGGAUACCGAAUCGAGCCGGCCACCGAUGCCUUCUUCAACGACGAGCAAGCCCAAAUUAACGCCUCUGCCUCGUCGAGCACUUUGGACAAGAAGACCGAACGCGAAGUCAAGGAACGGCUGAAUGCGCUCUUUGACCGCUUCCGAGACGCGGCUGCUGAUGACACCGACGAGGACGACGAGCCGACACCCGUGGAGCCGGACACCAUCGGCAUCGCAGGUGCGCUCAAGAUGUGCGAGGCGCUGGAAGUGAGUCCCGAAGACGUCGUGUUCCUGCCUCUGUCGUUCUACCUCAAGAGUCCGAGCAUCGGGACGUUUACGCGAACAGACUAUGUCAACGGGUGGAAGAUGCUCGAUCUUUCGGAUACCGUCGAAAAGCAAAAAGCGACGUUGGAGAAACUGCGUCAGGAGCUGCUGCAGAACAAGCCGCUUCGCCUCGAGCGCAUCGCUGAGGAAAAGAGCAAUCCCGCCACGGCAAGCUCCGCCAACAAGGGGCUGUACGAAAAGACAUACGAUUACACCUACGGCUUUGCCAGGAGGGAAGGGCAGAAGAGUCUAGCGUUGGAGAACGCACUGGCGUUUUGGGAUUUGAUACUCCCCGCAUCGCCGACGUUCGAGGGCAACGAGGGUGAGGGGAGCUUUACAAGAACGCAGCUGGAGCUGUGGAAGAAGUUCUUGCAGGAUCAGACGGGUGGGAGGGCGGUGAGCAAGGAUACCUGGACGCAGUUCUUGGAUUUCACCAAGGAGAUCAACGGGGAUUUCAGCAAUCAUGACUUUGAUGCUGCCUGGCCGAGCGUCAUUGACGACUUUGUCCUGUGGGCCAAGGAUAAUCUGCAUGCUGUCGACGGUAUGGAUACCAGCUAG